AUGGUAUCAUUGUCAGUUAUCAUUGCUGCCACAUUGUUGCUGACAGCUGCUGCUCAUAAAGUCAACAUCAUUUAUCACAACAGGGACAUUGCAGUUAAAGCUUGUUCCACGUACUUAACUAGAACCGCGACAUUGCACGGUAAGAAGGACAAGAAAGGCUUUUGCAAUGUCAAAGCCCAACAAGCUUUGGGCUCGAUGGCUAACUGUUUGCAUGUAUUAAAUCAAACUGGAUCUAUCGAUAGUUUUCUUGAUUCAUGUAAGCACACCAACUUAACUAGAGCUCAAUUUGAUGCUGCUUACCUCAAUGCCUCCACUCAACUAGUAAAUACUACUGCCGUGAAAGGUUUCAACACUACCAAGUUGUUUUAUCAACCAAUCAUUACUCCCAAGAAAAAGAUUCGUAACUACAAGGACUCAAUUGGUACUCGUUUUAUUAAUUUCAAUUACGCUUCAUGGUAUGGUAUAGUUUUGAUUGGAUACUGGUUUGCCCUUGUUUUGGUCUCUGGUUUCUUCAACUUUUUAAAGUUUGCUGCUCCUAAUUUUGUUCAAAGUCUCAAUUCUAGAAUUGUCACCAAAUACAGAAAAUAUGUCACCGUACCUGCCACUGGCUCAAAACAUCAUGCUGAAAUCAAAACGUAUUUUAAAGUCUUCAGCAUGGUUGUACCUACUAGAGCAGAAUCAUUGAUGAUUUUUGGUUGGGUAGUUUUAGCUAUUAUCUUCAACUGUGUCAGCUACCAUUCGGUUUCUCCUAACACUGUUUGGAAGUAUAAAUAUGCCGAAAUGGGUAGAAAGAUUGCUGAUAGAACUGGUGUGAUGUCUUUGUACUUGAUUCCUCCAACUGUUCUCUUUGCUGGUAGAAACAACUUAUUGCAAUGGAUUUCAGGUUGGAAAUACCAAAGAUUCUUAAUCUUGCACAGAUGGGUUGCUAGAGUCACUACCCUUUUAUUUAUUGUCCAUGCUGUUGGUAUGACCUUUAAUGGACGUGGUAUUGGAAAGUACCAACAAAGAAAUGGUAGACCAUAUGUCCGUUGGGGUUAUGUUGGUACAAUUGCUGCAUGUCUUAUGUGUUUCCAAGGUUUGAUCUUUUUGAGAAGGAAGGCCUAUGAAUACUUUCUUCUUGGGCACAUUGUUUUAGGUGUUUUGUACAUGGUAGGAGGUUACCUUCAUGUUGAAAAAGAUGGCUACCAUUACUUCUACAUGAGUGCCUUCUGUCUUUGGGCUUUGGAUAGAGUACUAAGAUUGGUAAGAUGUGCUACUUUCGGUGUCAAGCCAGCAGAGGUGGAAUUAAUAGGCGAAGAAAUGAUGAGAGUUACUGUGGACAAGCCAACAUGGUGGAAAGCUUUCCCUGGUUGCCAUGCUUUCGUUUCGUUCAUGAGACCUUCCUGUUUCUGGCAAUCUCAUCCAUUCACUGUUUUGGACAGUGUGGAUGGCAAGCUCGUAUUCCUUAUUAGGGUUAAAGGAGGUGUAAGCCACGGCCUUUAUAAGUUCUUGAGUAAGCAACCUAACCAAAGGGCUACUAUCAAGGUUUCUAUUGAAGGACCUUAUGGUGCCCACAAUCCAAGCUCCAGAUACAAUAAUACUGUGUUUGUAGGUGGUGGAAACGGUAUUGUUGGGUUGUAUUCUAUUGCAAUGAAUAUGGCUAAGAAGUCCAAGGCUUCUCAAAGAAUUAAGAUCCACUGGGGAGUGCGGAACUACCUGAACUUACAAUGGUUUUACAACGAAUUACAACAAUUAUCCACUGUUAAUGUUGAUACUACUAUUUACGUUAGUGAUUGCCAAUGUCCAAUCAACACAAGAUUCAUGGAAAAGAACAGUGACUCUGAAGAAGAUGAAAAGAGUAGCGGUGAUGAAAAAUCCGGAUCGGAUCAUGUUAGCAGUUUGAAGGCAUCCCUUCCGCACAUUGAAUUUGUUGAAGGAAGACCCAAUGCUGAACAAAUUGUACAGAAUGAAAUAAGUCAAACCAUUUCCCCCAUUGCAUUCACAACUUGUGCCCAUCCCGCAUUUGUGGACGACGUUAGAAAGGCUGUGGUGAACAACAUGGAUAAGACUAAACAGAGAGUCGACUUGUUUGAAGAAAUUCAAGUCUGGUAA